AUGGAAUGGAAACAAAACUUGGAUAUCGUUCUCACAGUCGAAGAGUACAAGUUUGUGCUCACUACUCCACGCCCAGCUGUGCCAGCAGCUAAUGCCGCGCAAGCACUGCGGGAUGCGCAUAGACGGUGGCAUAAGGCGAAUGAGAUGGCUAAGUGCUACAUGUUGGCUUCUAUGUCAUCAGUACUCAAGCAUCAGCAUUCUGCAAUGAAAACUGCCGCCGAGAUUAUGACAAAUCUCACAAAUCUUUUUGGUUCUCAGAAUCGAACGGCUAAGUCUCAAGCCUUUCAAAGUAUCAUGACGAAGACAAUGAAGGAAGCCUCGUCAGUGAGGCAACACGUCCUCGAGAUGAUGAGUCACCUCAACCAGAUUGAGGUUUUGGGAGGGACGAUCGAUCCCGAGUCCUAG